UUUGGUAUGUUGAUGUGACGUCACAAUGCUGCGCCGCGCUGCUGCACUUUUGUGAUUCGGCUGAAGAAAGGAAAACUCCUGGUGAGAUCCACAUGACACACUAUUAUGAAGAUGGCGUUUAUUAAAAAGGAGAGUGAAGACAUACAGAUUGAAGAAACAUUGACAUUGAAAACUGAAUAUACUGAGGAACAAACAAAGAUGAUGUUUAUUAAAGAGGAGAUCGAAGACAAAAGGAUUGAAGAAAGAUUCAGAGUGAAACAUGAAAAUACUGAUGAACAAUCAAAGAUGGCGUUUAUUAAAGUGGAGAGUGAAGACACAAAGAUUGAAGACACAUUCAGAGUGAAACAUGAAUAUACUGAAGAACAAACAAAGAUGGUGUUUAUUAAAGAGGAGAUCGAAGACGUGAAGAUUGAAGAAACAUUGACAGAGAAACAUGAAGAUACUAAGGAACACACAGAUCUGAUGAUGCUAAAGGAGGACAUUCGAGAUCCGAAAGAAACAGAAGAGAAAGAUCAGUUUGAGAAACGUGAUAUCACAACUGGAGAAAAAUCAUUAAGUUGCUCACAGACUGAAAAGACUUCACCAAAAACAGGUAAAAAGACAGCAAAUAGAAGUUGUUUCACCUGCCAACAGUGUGGAAGGAGUUUCACUCAAAAAGGAAAUCUUAAAUGUCACAUGCGAAUUCACACUGGAGAGAAGCCUUUCACAUGUCCACAGUGUGGAAAGAGUUUCGCACAAAAAGGAUCCUUUUAUACCCACAUGAAGGUUCACUCAGGAGAGAGCCCGUACAUCUGCAAACAGUGUGGAAAAACCUUUAAUCGAAAAGACCAUCUUCAAAUUCACAUGAGAGUUCACACUGGAGAAAAACCUUUCACAUGUGAUAAGUGUGGACAAUGUUUCACACGUAAAGAGAGCCUUAAUAAACAUGUGAGGGUUCACAUUAAAGAGAGCUUUUGUAAAUGUCAUCAUUGUGGAAGAAGUUUCAAAGACAAGAAACGGCUUAAGAGGCAUUUAAGAACUCACUCCGGAGAGAAGUCUUACAUGUGCCAUCACUGUGGAAAGAGUUGCUCAAACAACACAAACCUUGAAGUCCACAUGAAAAUUCACACUGGAGAAAAGUUUUACAGCUGCCAACAGUGUAGAAAGAGUUUCACUGGGAAAAAAAGUCUUAAGAUUCACAUGAAAGUUCACACUGAUGAGGGCCCUUACCCCUGCGAAGUGUGUGGAAAAACCUUGAGUCGAAAAGGAAAUCUUAAGAUUCAUAUGAGAGUUCACACUGGAGAGAAACCUUACUCCUGCAAACUGUGUGGAAAGAGAUUUUCACAACAUGGAACUUGUUAUACCCACAUGAAAACUCACACUGGAGGGAUUCACACAUCUUAAGUGUGAGAAGAGAUUCACACAUCAGAUAGAUCUGAAAAGUCAUUUGCAAACUCAUUCUGGCAAGAAUUCGCAGUGUUCUUAAUGUAGAGAAGAGGUUUAGGAAAAGGAGCAAUUUCAAAAACCACCUGUGCAUUCAUUCAUUUUCAAGAACCCUUGGGUUUCAAGGGCUAAAUGCAUUAAAGGGUUCAAGUCUUAAUGCAUACUUGAUGCAAAUUAUAAUGCAUAAAAUCCAAAAAAAUUAACCUUUUAUUAGUAGUAAGACGGUUAAUUUUAGGAACAUAUUUUAGGUUUGUGUAUGCCCUGAGGAUGGUUGUAUCACCGAAAGCUUGGCAUUAAAUUUUGCGUGAAGGA